UCUCUACCCCAAUCCUCCAUUCAAGUCUUCCUUUCAACCUUCUUUAUAAAGUUCAAUCCUUUCCCCCCUUCUUUCACGGUUCACUUCUUCACUAAGAAAGAAGAAAAAGAAGAAAAUUGCAUCUUUUGUUUUAAUUUCCUUUUGUUUGUCUCAGUGCUUGAUUCUUAGCUGUAGGGUGUUUUCUGAUUUUCUGUUGUCCCUCUUUAUUUAUGAAUAAAAUUUUGUUUUGUUGGGACUUCUUUAAUCAUUGUCCAUCAUUAAAGGACAGUUGCUGGUGGGGUUUUUGGAUCUGAAAUCUAUGAUUUUUGGGAUGGGUUUUUUUGUUGUAAAACUGUGAAAAUAAGUAAAAUCCAGGUUUUGAGCCUUUGAGUAGCAGUAAAAGGCAUGUCUUUUGUUACUUUAUUUUUAUUUUCAGCUAUGAAAAGUUCUGUUUUUUAAGUUUAAAAUGUGGGAUUCUUUUUUCCAAAAGAGUUUCUUUUUGAUUGAUCGAUAAAUGGAAGUUCUUUAAUUAUUGUGUUAAAAUAAAGGGUGGUUUCAAAAGAUGGGAUCUGGAAAUGGGUUUUUUUCAACUCAAGAUUUCAAUUUAGAUGCUAAAUGGCUGAUUGAUCCUCGGCAGCUUUUUGUUGGUCCUAAAAUUGGUGAAGGAGCUCAUGCUAAAGUAUAUGAAGGAAAAUACAAGAAUCAAAACGUUGCUAUUAAGGUUGUUAGAAGAGGGGAAACCCCUGAAGAAAUUGCAAGGAGAGAUGGAAGGUUUGCAAGGGAAGUUGAAAUGUUAUCCAGGGUUCAGCACAAAAAUCUUGUCAAGUUUAUUGGAGCUUGCAAGGAGCCCUUUAUGGUGAUUGUAACUGAGCUCCUAUUAGGUGGGACAUUGAGGAAAUACCUUUUGAAUAUGCGACCGAAGUGCUUGGACAUGCAAGUAGCUAUAGGAUUUGCACUCGAUAUUGCUCGUGCAAUGGAAUGCUUACACUCACACGGGAUCAUUCAUCGGGACCUGAAACCUGAGAACCUGAUCUUGACAGAAGGCCAUAAAACGGUCAAACUUGCGGAUUUUGGCUUGGCUCGUGAAGAGUCAUUAACCGAAAUGAUGACAGCUGAAACCGGGACUUACCGCUGGAUGGCUCCAGAACUAUAUAGCACAGUCACGUUAAGGCAGGGAGAGAAAAAACAUUACAAUCAUAAGGUGGAUGCGUACAGCUUUGCUAUCGUGUUGUGGGAACUCAUCCAUAACAAGUUGCCGUUCGAGGGCAUGUCGAAUUUACAAGCAGCCUAUGCGGCUGCUUUUAAGAAUGUUCGACCUAGUGCUGAGGACCUUCCGGAAGAUUUGGCAUCUAUCGUGACUUCAUGUUGGCAAGAGGAUCCGAAUGCUCGGCCCAAUUUCACCCAAAUCAUACAGAUGCUAUUACACUAUCUCUCGACCAUUUCACCACCCGAGCCGUUGAUGAUGCCUCCCAAAAGAACAACAUCCGAGAAUGUUGUGUUUCCACCAGAGUCUCCGGGAACAAGCUCGUUGAUGGCUGCCAGAGAUGAUGUAGCGGAAACCCCAAAAGACGGUGAGGAAGACGAUAGGCCGAGAGGUUUCUUCUUCUGCUUUAAUAAGUGUUACUGAUAUUAGACUUUCAAAGGGUAUUAUCACCAUAUUAAUUUUUAGGGGAAGUUCAAUAAGGUAAAUUAGUCUCAAUCUGCUAGAUAUUAGAAGCAAAAAAAUGUCAAAAUUAAGGAGAUGAAUUUAGUUCAAAAUCUGUAAACUAUACAUUAAUGGAUGAGAACUUUUGGUGGUAGGGGUUGCAUUGAUGGGAA